UAAUUAUCAUAUAAUUGUUUACGGUUCUGUAUACAAUUAGGUAAUACCUUUUAUCGAAUUUUCCAAUCUAACUCAGAACGCAGUAUUGAAUUCUAUUAUCAUACGAAGUUAGUUCGAUCAGAGGUGACUCAUCUUUCAAGUCGUCAUAGAAACGAACUAUAAAUUCGAUUCCGGCUAGAAUUUGGCUGAAAGUUGAUCGCCGAUCCAUUGAAAGUUGAUAGGUCGUAGGUAGAAGGUCGAAGAAGAAAUUUAUAAAUAAUUUAGAAUUUUUUAAGUAAACUCAUCCAAUCAUGGAGCCAAGAACGCACAGAGUCGGCAUUGGAGUUGGCGCUUUUCACAAUCCACCCCGUGCUAAGUAUAGCGAAGAGACACGAAAUCUAAUUAAAGUGCUGAUGGAAGAGUCAAAAUUGACUACGAUGCAAAGAAAAUCGGUUCAGGAUGCCGUCGACAAAGGAGAGCCGUUACCAACGCCAAGUUCGAAAAUACAUUCGAAAAAAGAAAAAUAUACAGAAUCUCAAACGAUGUUUCCGUCGGUAUGGAAAAAACGCUCGCAAGAUGCAAUAAUAAGCAGUGGCGCCUACGAGAGAGAUCAGUACCACAGAACAGUGCCUUUACUCAACAAGGAAAAAGAAAAAAGACAUCUUGCCUGCAUCAUGGCAUAUGGCAAGGACAUGCCACCCACUCCUCAUGGACCAAAAAUUCUUCACAAAGCACGCAAAGAGCUUCAAUUACCGAACGACGUGGAUCCACUUAAGGAUCUCGUCCAAGGAAUUCGCGAGAGGAUGGAGUUCCUUGCAGAGAUGGAAUCCUUGGGCGAGGGUAAAAAGUAUCGUCCGAUAAUACAUCAAGAGAUAGCCCAAAAGAUACGACUGAUAGAAUCGAUAGACAAAGAGAAAUCAUUGGAAAUGAAGGAAAUAGUAGGAAACUAUAAAUACGAACAAACAGAAGCUAAACUAUUUCCAUUAGGAGAAUUGGCCAUUGAAUGAAAUCUAAUCAGUUGCGAUAUAACUCUAUACAAUAAAAUCUUAUUGGUAUACAGUAAUUUUAUAACUGCUAUACACGACGCUAUUACCAGCUUAAAUAUUUUAACGUUAUACAAUUAUGCGAUGAUUAAUUAAAUUUUUUUAAACUUAGACAAAUUGACAGCAUACACUAAGAUACUU